AUCGCGCGGAACCGUACAGAAUGAUGUAAACCGAUGGGUAUUAGGGGGAACAGGUUCAGUAAUGUUAGAAACAGAGUCAUGCAGCGCCAAUUGGCGCUGCAUGACUUGACUAAUUGUAAGAGGCCAGAUAUACUUUAGUUUUCAGUAAUCAAGCGUACAUGAAUGAACGUUCCGUUCUUUCGUUUAGGAAAUGACCGCAGCGCCGAGCGCGAUCAACACCAAACCUCUAGGUACUGAGUUUAUAAUUGGAGCAUUAGCAGCUGUGGGAGCUGGUUUUUUCACAAAUCCAAUCGACGUAAUCAAAGUACGCCUACAAUUGCAGGGUGAAUUAGAAGCACGAAAUUCAUAUAACAAAAUAUAUAAGAAUACUUUGCAUGCAGGCUAUUUGAUAGCAAAACAUGAAGGCGUGCUUGCUUUGCAAGCUGGUAUCGUACCUGCCCUUUAUUUUCAAGUGGUACUUAAUGGAAUACGGUUAGGUGUCUACAAUUCCGCUAAAAAGUAUGACCUUAUCACUAAUAAAAAAGGGAAUACCGAUGUUCUCAGUACUGCAAUUGUAACUGGAACUGCUGGGAGUAUAGGAGCUGUACUUGGUAGUCCUUUCUACAUGCUGAAAACACAAUUACAAUCACAAUCGGCGCAAACAAUAGCUGUUGGUUAUCAACACAAUCAUUUGGGUACCUGGUAUGCAUUCAAGUCUUUAUGGAAAGAAGGUGGAAUAGUUGCUUUAUAUCGCGGUUGGUAUGCUAACAUACCACGCGUUUUUGUGGGUUCCGCAACACAACUAACCACCUUUGGUUUAGCCGCGGACUGGUUACGUUCGUUACAAGUGAGUAUCCAUUAUAAAGUAAUGGGAAAAAAAUGUAACGUAAACUGGAAUGUUUAUGAUUUCUUUCAGAUACUACCAAAUCAACCAAUACUUUUGACCUUUCUUGCGUCCAUGAUCGGUGGAAGUUGCGUGGCACUUACUAUGCAACCAUUUGACGUUUUAGCAACAAGACUUUAUAAUCAACGGAUAGAUGCAGGCGGUAAAGGUUCGUUGUAUAAUGGUCUUUUAGACGCCAUAAUUAAAAUAUUCCGUAAAGAAGGACUGACUGGUUUGUACAAAGGAAUCUUUCCAACAUGGAUGAGAAUAGCACCGCACACUGUGCUGUGUUUAGUAUUUUACGAGAAAUUAGAUCAGUUGUAUUGUAUGAGUAGAUCGUAAAUGUGUGAUUGUAGGAAAGUAUGUAUGGAAAACCUACGAAUAGUAAUGCGGAAUAACGUUAUUCAUUACCAGAACAAGUUGUACAGUACAUUUCGAAGUCCAUAUUAAUUUGUAUCUUAAUGUCAUUGUACAUACCGUAUAUCUAGGUUCUGAACAUAGGGGAACAAAAGCUUUAUAAUGUUCAAACUAGUGUAUAAUGAAUACCAGGUAAAAAAAAAAUAAAUUUUACUUUCUUACAUGGGCA